UCGAGAAAGCAAGUCAUAAAUUUUUCAUUAGUACCUACAAAGACCACCGCUGAUCGUUUGCAUGUGGCAGAAGUUCGCAAUUUUGCCAACAAUUACUCGAUAAAAUCCCAUCAGUCAUUCAAUAUUCGAACUACAGCAACAUCAAAUUCAUCUUUGGUGAAACACUUUUCGCUGAUUGUUUCGGGCAAAUUUUCAUCGCGUAUAAAAACUCACGACACAAAAGAUCGUGAAAUAUUAUCAAUACAGUAGGUAGGCACAAAAGUGUGUGAAAUUCAUACUCAUCGUUAUCCAAGUAUUUUCCCCGAUAUAAUGACCUCCCAAAUAUCAGUGAUCACUAUUGUACUUGGGAUUUUCUCACUGGCCUCAGCUCUUCAAAUAAGUCAAGAUGAAGACUCGCGUUUCACAACCACCAAAAGUUACCGAAAAGUUCACGACGAUUUUUAUCAAAUUAUCGAAGCCGACAGACCCGUCGAAGAAGCUUUGAACAAGGCCCUAACCUGGGACGUGGAAGCGCAAUACGAACACUUCGAAUUACUCGAAGAACACGUUAAGAAAAAUGACAAAUACGCCAAGUACUGUAAAGCAGUCAUCAAAGGUGCUCAAGAACUCUUGGACGUGACGAUGGAUAAAAUUGGAAUCAAACGCGAAGUCGACAUUCGCGAUUACAUCAAAGGCUUGUAUGAUUUCGAAGCUGGUAGAAAGAUUUCCGAAAACAUGCAAGCUGUCAUAAGGGGCAUAAAUGCGUAUCGAAAUAAAGUCGUUGAAGAACUGGAAGAAGAGCAAAAUCGAGCUAGAGCGGAGGAUGCAGCUAAAUCUAAACAAGCCAAUAAAGCAAGUAAUCAAGAGCCCAGUCCAGCUGGAAACCAAGAGGUUGAUCAAGCGGUCAAUCAAAAACCGAAUCAAGUUGAAAACGAAGAAUUAUCUCGAGGUAAUAUUAAUCAAGUAUCAGAUCAAGCUGAAAUUCCAAAAGUCGAGCCAAAUGAAAUUCAACAAGCUGGAAAUCAAGACCUUGAUCAGGCAGUCAAUAGGAAACCUGAUCAAGUUGAAAAUCAAGAAAUAAGUCAAGAUAUUAAUCAAGUAUCUGAUCAAACUGAAAUUCCAGCAGUCCAGCCAAAUGGAAUUCAACAAUCUGAUGUGGAUGCUGAACAGGAAGACGAGUUCCUCACAACUUCUCAAAGCAUUUGAUAAUCUUCUGAUUGUAAGGAACAAUUUUCACAAAACUUCAGUAAUCAUAAAAAAUUGAGUAUUUUUUAACAGAAUAGUUAUAUAGUGCCUACCUUGAUCUAUCAAUAAUUACCUAUGACAUAGCAGAUAAGUUGAAGCAAAAAUUAUUAAAUUAGAUAUUGUUUGUGAUUCCUGCAGCUAUUAAAUUUAAUUCAAGUAGGUAAUAAAUAUAUUCAGUAGA